GUGGUGCGCAUUCAGGUGCAGAUCCAGGAAACCCUGCGCAGACAGUAUUCCCAGCAUCCUUCGGUGCAGGGAGCCAUUACACAGCUGGACUCCGAGCUCAUGGACAUUACCAAGCUGUACGGUGAGUUUGCGGAUCAUUUCCGGCUGUCGGAAUGUAAGCUGGCCAUCAUUCACUGCGCGGGGCAUUCGGACCCCAUCCUGGUGCACUCGCUGUGGCAGGAGAUCGUGGAGAAGGAGCUGAGCGACAGUGUGGCCAUGAGCCCGGCGGACCGCAUGAGAGCUCUGAGCCUGAAGCUCGUGUCGCUGGGGAAGUUAUACGCCGGAACACCUCGAUACUUCCCAUUAGCCUUUGACGUGUGCGAUCAAUGUUGUGAUCACGUGGAUCAGCGUACGAUCACAUCAGUGUGA